AUGGAAGAAGGGUGUGAAAAGUUGUACGCACCUAGAUCGUUCUUAGCACUAGCUUCACCUGUGUUUAAGGCUAUGUUUAAGGGGAACUUUAAGGAAAGUUGUACGGGCGUCGUGAAAAUCACCGACUUUUCAAAGAAGAACUUUUUGGAGUUUUUGCUGUGUUUGGAUCCGGGUACUAUGAAGGGGAUCAGUGGUUAUCACUUCAUCACAAAGGUUGGAGUAGGAGUGUCAGUGAGCAAACAUGUUCAAAGAGAGAUUCUCAAACACCGCUAUAGUUCAACUGCAAUUGAAACAUGUACAGGGAAAAAAACUGAGGGGAGAAAGAGAAAGGAGAGAGAGGAGGGGAAAAGUCUUAGAGACGAAGGGGAGGGAAAGAAGAUAAGGGGUAAAGAGGGGAGAAAAAGAGGAGAUUGGGAGGAGAGAAAGAGGGAGAAAAGAGGGUGGAAAAGAGAAGGGGAAGAAAGAGAGGAGAGAAAGAGGGGAGAGAUAGAGAGGGGAAAGAGAGGAGAGAAAAAGGAGGGAAGAAAGAGGGGGAAAGAGGAGAGAAAGGGAAGGAGAGAAUGA